UCCAACAACAAGAAGCAGACGCCAGGCAAGAUGGCCGACUUGGGGAAGAAGUACUGCGUUAACUGCCUUGCAGAUGUUACAAACCUGCGGCUUCGCUGCACCGAGUGCCCUGAUAUCGAGCUGUGCCCAGAGUGCUUCUCAGCGGGCGCUGAAAUCGGUAAUCACCGGAGAUGGCACGGCUACCAGCAGGUCGACGGCGGUCGGUUCUCUCUCUGGGGUCCAGAGGCAGAAGGAGGGUGGACCAGCAGGGAAGAGCAGUCGCUACUCGAUGCUAUCGAGCAGUAUGGAUUUGGAAACUGGGAGGACAUGGCCGAUCAUGUCGGAGCAUCCCGGACUCCUCAGGAAGUCAUGGAACAUUAUGUCACCAUGUACAUCCAUGGAAACCUGGGGAAGGCCUGUAUCCCUGACAGUAUUCCAAACCGGGUGACCGAUCACACCUGCCCGAGUGGGGGGCCCCUGUCACCCAGCCUGACCACUCCGCUCCCUCCGCUGGAUAUCAGCUUGGUUGAGCAACAGCAGCUGGGCUACAUGCCACUACGUGACGACUAUGAGAUUGAGUAUGACCAGGACGCGGAGAAGCUCAUCAGCGGACUGUGUGUCAACUAUGAUGAUGAGGACGUGGAAAUUGAAAUGAAGCGCGCCCAUGUGGACAUGUAUGUGCGUAAGCUCAGAGAACGCCAGCGGCGUAAGAACAUCGCUCGUGACUACAACCUGGUGCCUUCAUUUUUGGGCCGAGACAAGAAGGACAAGGAGAAGGACAAAACAGGGAUGUUGGGAGUCGUAGGAAGUGCAGCUGGCGUGAGUGGGACAGGGGCUGGUGGUGGUGCAGUCGGAUCAGGAUCCAUGACGGCAUCGGGAGCUGGUCCUCUCCCAAGUACACCUAAAAGAAAAAUCACCAAGGAAGAGAAGGAGCAGCGGGUGAGGCUGCGGGCGCUUUGCCAGUUCAUGGCCCAUCGGGAGUUUGAAGAGUUCUUUGAGAACAUGCAUAAAGAGCGAGUGCUGAGGGCCAAGGUGCGCGAGCUGCAGCGUUACCGCCGAAACGGCAUCACACGCCUGGAGGAGUCAGCGGAAUACGAAGCAGCACGCCACAAACGGGAGAAACGCAAAGAGAACAAAAGUGUGGUCACCUCAAAGCGAGGCAGCUCGGGAGGAGGAGGGCUUGGUUCUGGGAUGGGACUCGGGGGUGGAGCUGGAGGAGGCGUUGCUGGAGGACUAGGGGUUGGAGGUGGGAUCAAAGAAGAGGGCAAAGAUGGUGAGUUUGCUGCCAUUGAGAAUCUGACGGGCUUCGAGCUGCUGUCAGACAGGGAGAAGGUGCUGUGCAACUCUCUCAAUCUCAGCCCGGCACGCUACCUGACUGUCAAAACCAUCAUCAUCAAAGAUCACCUGCAGAAAAGGCAGGGCAUUCCCGCCAAGAGCCGAAUGCCCAGCUACCUGGACAAGGUUCUUAAGAAGCGCAUUCUCACCUUCCUUACAGAAAGUGGCUGGAUAUCUCGAGACACCUCUUAGCACUCCAUCGUUGCUCAGGAAAUUAUAAACAGAUAAGCUAUAAGCGCUGGAGGCAGGAAAAACUACUGGUUUUCACCAUUUUUUUUUUUUCAGGAGUGACCUUGUAAAUAUGUAAGUUGAAAAGAAAUAAGAUGCCCAACUGGAGAAAAAAAUAUUUUCAUACAAGGGCAAGGAACAAAACUGCCUAUAUUUUUGCAUUUGGAAAGGAACAGGGGAUUAAUACAGCUGUGUGGGUUACAGUACUUUCUAUUCUAAAUGUUUUGACAAAAUAAUAACUGCAGUGUUAACAGUUGCAGGUAUUGCAGAGCUGUUUUGGUGUUGUUACAGCAGGUACACUGAAGGUAGAAAUAAUGUAAUGAAUGCAACCGGCGACAGGGCAAAUAACCUUCUUGCUGAAAAGAAGGGUAAAUAACAAAAUGUGAUUUUAUGAUAAACUCUUACCCCAUUGGUGGCUGCAAAAUAAGGUGAUUGGAAAAAAAACACAAAGAAAAAAGCUCCAAAAACCAGGGUUUGCCCAUAACCUGGCUGGUUUUAGGGCAAACUUAAUUAGAUAGCAUGAUAUUAGUUAGAGCAGGACUGAUAUAUGGGCUCGCUGAACUUUACUGUCAUUAUCGGCCUAUCAGAGUUUGCAGUUUGCACCAAAUGUUGAGUACAGUAAUGAAUACAAAAAGAUGAGUUUCCACAGGUCCCUUCGACUUCAUUCCUAUCCAUACCUUCCGGUUGAUAUCAUUGCUAGCCUAUCACUGCUUACUUAGAUCAGCUAGAGCUUGACCUGCUGCAGGUGGCUGAUCAUCUGCUGAUGUCAGCCUAUUACACAUGUCUUAGUAUUGCUGUAUAUCUUCCCCCAAAAAAUUUUUACCAAAAAACUGAUGCAGAAAAAGGCGUUGGGGUAAUUUAGAAAUUUAAUUUAGAGUUUUUGCAGGAGAGUGUGCUCCAACUUCCAUUCCAUACAAUACUCUCAGUACAUGUAGCAGAGUAGAAACUAGUUUGAGAAAUGCAUUGCUGGAUAAUUAAAGUGAAACAAAACAAAAAACGACACCCAUUAUUGUCCCUUUUUUAAUGUAACUAACAUUAAAAAAGAAUAUAUAUGUGUAUAUUUAUAUUAAACAAAUAUUGACCAGUAUAUCAAUAUUGGAAUCUUUUCUUAUUCCUAAACAUGACUCUUAAAAAUCCACUAAUGCUAAUAUCAGCAGUGUCACCGCAGGUUUGACCAAUAAAUGACAAGAAAUGCCAAAGAAGAGAUCAUAGUCAGCGCCAGUCACACUCUGUCCACCAGAGGGCACUGCCAGGCUUAUUUUUAACCUGUAAAAAGUCCAACUCGGAAUGUAUUUUUGUUUGAUAGCUAAUUUUAAAAGGUCCUACUUAAAUAUUUUUUUUUUUUAAAUUUAAGUUAAAAUUAUGUAUGGCUUAUAUUUGUUUUAAAGCCCCUAAAAUCUCAGCGUGAAAUAUUUUCUAUAUUUAAAAAGAAUAUUUUCUUUCAUCCUUCUAUGUUGUAGAAAAUGUAAGUGGAGCGAUUUGAUUGACUGCGUCAGCAACCCACCAAUAACUGUUGUAUUCCUUUUAGUUUGUCCUGAGGAAAGUGUGGGUUCAGCUUCAAAACUUUAAAUAUUUUACAGUCCACGUGCUGUACUACAGAUGAUAGGACUUUAAAAGUACAAGACUGCUGUUUACCGAGCGAGUACACAGAGCUAAUACAUCAUCACAACGUUGCACCUUAAGGUUUAAGGUUCAAUAGUCUUUUAGUCUUAUAGCUGACCACAUUUACAGCUGCCCAACAAGGCUGAUGUGCAGCCUAUCAAUAUGCUUUCACUUCACUUUUUACAUUGGCUAAAAGUAGAAGCAGAACAGUGGCACUGUGUGGCAUUAUUUUCUUUUGUAUUGCUUUUUUUGGUGACCCAAGCUGAACAUUAGUUGCCUCACAGCUGAAGCAGGAGUACGUUUAAAAACAAAAGGAUUAGAAAGACAAGAGGUAGUGUGGGUGUUACCUGUGCUGGAAAAUGUCUAGAUUCACAUUCUCUUCUUUUCUUUUUCUGUAGCUGACUAAAAUUUAGUUUCCUGGAUGGAGCGAGGGUAGUCAUGCAAGUCAUGCAGGGCAUUGUUUUUGUAGUGUUGCUUUAAACGUGGAGCGUUGCGUUUUGUUUAUGACGAUGUAGCGUCUAAGAACGUAAAGUUUUGCUCUGAGCUUGAGGAUCAUUUGUGCAGGGUUUUAAAUUUCACUUAUAUGUUAACAACAUUCGUGGCCAAAGGAGCUUCAUUAUGCUAAAUGCUACAGCUGAUUUUUUGAUUGUCAACAAAGUCUUAUGAAAAGACCCUGACAAUCAGUCAGUGUAUCAUACAAAUAGUGUGUGCCUGUUGCACUGAUGAGCACAAACAGUCCAACGUACAUUGUCUGCCUGUAACCAGCUAGAGUACCAAAUGUGUAUUGAUCUGCAGCAGGAAAUAAUCCCUCUUAUUUACAGUAUGUAGAAAACACUGAAAAAUUCAUUCAAGCAGAUUUCUUUAGGUCACGGAUAUUGUUUUCGGGUCCACUCCUGUACAUUGUUGUAACCCUUAGCUAACAUCUUCCUACUGGAUUUGAAUGUGUUCAUUGGCUGUAGUGGGUUUCCAGAAGAUGCUGGUUGAACGCUAGAUGAGUGUUCUGUUGAUUUUGCAAAACGGAUAUAAUAAGCAUUUCUUUAAGCCUCUGGCCCAGAAUGUUUUUCGAAGGUGAUGCUGAAACCAUCUGGUCAUUUUUCUUUAAUUGUCACUUUUUCUUUUUUCAGGUUUGCACGUGCAACUAACUGUUCUAGAUUGUUCCAAAAUGGUGUGUUUUGAUAUUAAAGUCUCAAUCAAAAAUUGAAACUGAAGAAUUUGCUUUUGUUCUCAUUGGGAAAAUACUUUUUGUAAGGGGAUUUGCUGACUUUACAUUACCAAAUGUAAAUAUCUUUAUAAGAUACAUUUUAGGGGAGGGGAGAACUAUGCUGACCUGUGAAAUGUACAGUAUUUUAUGUCAUGGAAAUUUUUAUAGCUUUUUGUAAUUAAAAAAAAAAAGUUUUUGGAAUCGCAAAGAAGAAGAGGCUUUGGUUCUAGUUGUGGCAUGCUGUCGAGCUGUCCUAAAUCUUGUUGCCCGUCUCAUUAUGUUGAGUUGUUUUGCUGUUCUGUUACUUUGUUGUUGAAAAUGACAAAGUAUCUGUGGAGAUGUAUUAAAAGUGCAAAUACUUUAUCAUUCUAA